AUGAAAAGCAACCUGUACAAGAUGAUGAAGGAGAUGGUCAGCAGAAGCCUUGAGUCUGAGACAGGACACAUUUGUGGACCCCACUGCCUGGGCCCCUUGACCUUCCAUAGGAAGGUGAUGGGGGCCUUGGUGAGCCUGAGCCAGGGGGCCAGAAGGGCAGACAGGACUGGGGUCACCUUCAGACACGGCCUGGUGUUCAGCAGCCGCCCGGUACAGCCCCGGGAGAGGGUUUGUCUGCGAGUGGAGUUGUGCGAGCUGACCUGGCAUGGAGCCAUGCGUGUGGGCUUCACCAAUGUGCCUCCUAUUGCCAGAGCCCUGCCCUCCCUGGCCAUCCCAGACCUCACAGACCUCCCUGGCCACUGGGCUGCUCCUGUGCCUGAGACUUGCUGCCUGCCAGGCUCAGAGCUGGAGUUCUGGGUCUCCUAUGGCGGUACAGUGUAUUUCAGUAAUGCCAACAGCCGACAACACAAACUGCUGAAGGGAGUGGACCUCAGCCGUCCCCUGUGGGCCAUAAUUGACGUGUAUGGGCAGACCUGCUCUGUGCUCUUACUGGGGUCGGAGAAGAAAGAGUUUUUGGGGAAUCGAAAGUCCUGUCCUGCUCGUCAGAGACACACCUCACUCAAUAUUGACAACUAUGUGAAUGUGAGCCAGAUUUGUGAUGACAGUCAUGACAGCUAUCUUCUUUCCCGUCCAGCCAAUAAGCAGACAUCAGACUCUGAGAGCGUGGAGUACUGUGCGGUGUGUAUGAGCCAGGAGGCCUGUAUCAGCCUGCAGUGUGGCCACCAGUGCCUGUGUCUCCAGUGUGCCAACAGAGUGAUCCAAGAAUUUGGAACCUGCCCUCUGUGUCGCCAGAACAUCAAGAGCUUCCUGCAAACUAAACGCCCCAGUAGGGCUGACCGCAAUUAG